AUGAAGCAAGAUUCUGUACAAAAAUUUGCUCGCAAUAGCGACUACCGCCACACUUUAAAUCGGCUUAAAGCGGAAUUCGAACGUCGGUACAAUGAUCAAAAGCCGGCAUCGAUUGCCACGCUGACGGAAUAUGACUUUAUUCGUACCCUUGGUUCGGGAGCGUUUGGUACUGUGAAACUUAUCAAACGAAAAACAAGCGGUCAAUACUUUGCCAUUAAGAUACUGUCCAAGGAGCGAAUCGUCUAUCAGAAACAACUGCAGCACACGACGAAUGAGAAGCAAAUUUUGCAAGCCAUUCGGUUUCCGUUUGUCGUGAAUCUCGAAAUGUGCUACAAGGAUAAUUCCUACAUCUAUCUCGUAAUGCCAUUUGUGAAUGGAGGUGAAAUGUUUACGCUGCUUCGCCGAUCACGCAGAUUUUCUGAAGCACAAUCCACUUUCUACGGCGCCCAAGUGGCACUGGCCUUGGAGUAUCUGCACUCCUGCAACCUCAUUUAUCGAGAUUUGAAACCAGAAAAUUUGCUCAUCGACUACCGUGGCUACGUGAAAAUGACUGAUUUUGGGUUUUGCAAGAUGAUCAAGGAUAGGACCUGGACGCUAUGUGGUACGCCGGAAUAUCUUGCACCGGAAAUUAUUCAAGCGAAAGGAUACGGGAAAAGUGUCGAUUGGUGGUCUUUUGGCGUUUUACUGUACGAGAUGGGAGCUGGAUAUUCACCAUUCUAUGUCAACAGUGCCGACCAGAUGGCUCUGUUUGAACGGAUCUGCAAAGCCAAGUACAAAUUCCCGAAGAAUUUCUCCUCGGAUCUGUGCGAUCUUGUACACCAUCUGCUGCAAACGGAUCUUUCUCGACGCUAUGGUAAUCUGCGUAACGGGUGCAAUGACAUCAAGCAACACGCAUGGUUCAAGUCGACUAAUUGGUACGCCCUGCUCAAUCGGGAACUAUCCGCACCGUACGUACCGAAACUCGAAGGACCGGGGGACGCUUCCCUGUUCGAUGUUUAUGAUGAGCAAAAUCUGAAGAUAGCCUCGAAGUGCCAGUAUGCGAAAGAAUUUGCUGAGUUUUAA